AUGUUGUCGGCACCGUUGUCGAGGGUCCACGCAACUGACGCUGCCGCCGCGCCCCACUCUGGUAUUCCCCUAGAUACAUCAGACGUACACACACCCUCUGCACACGACCUCGGAAAACUCGCCAGAAAUUACACCUCACUUCAGGAACACGCCGAUCAUCUCAUUGCGGUCGAAUCAUCAAGUCAGGAUGACGGACUUACGCCGAGACAUGCGAACAGGCGGGAAGGCUUCGUCUGGGGCCAGCAAUCGAACUUUGAAGGCCAUGGGAGGUAUAAUCCUAACCUGGUGACAAUGGGGCAGGAGCUUCCGGACACACCUCCGCCGCUAGAGGAGAUCAUACGCAGAGCCACUAUUGUGGAUGCUGAUCAUCUACAGAACAUCAAGCUACAGCAUGUCGACAGCAUGGAAUCGCGUGCUUCCACUUCUAUUCAUAUGACCGACUCCUUCUCCACCAAUACCAGUGAAUCAUACACGCUCGAUAACAGAAGGUCAUCCAUCGCGGCGUUUGCAAAGGGUAUUGUACGACAUGUGCCGGAUAUGAUACUGCACCCUCUAGAGAGCAAGCAGGUCCAACCUAGACGAGACUCGAAAGAAUCCGUUUCAGUCAAGUUACAAAAGAAGGAUCGCGUGCUAUCAUUUGCCCCAUUACCGACUGCAACCUCAAAAGAAUCGCACGAUAAGUCUUGGAGACCACCCGUUAUACAUGAAGCACAGUCAGAAUCCAUCAACAAAUCCAGCAAGCCUAAGAACAUACCUUCACCAUCGGCGAAAGGCGGACUACGAGAUCGCAGAAAAGUGCAAUUGGAUCUCUCGAUGCCCACCGAGAUGCCAGACCUUCCUCCUCGUGGACGCUCGCCAGCGGACUUGGUAGGAAGCCUCGGUGCCCCACGCCAAAGGAGUCCCAAAACGCCUUGGGUCCGCAACAAGCAACCAACAUGGGAACCAUUGCCAAUAGCCAAGUCCGCGCCCAUUAUUGAGGAAGCCCACGCUCGUGACGACGGUCUGUGUCUCCUACCAGGUAGUGAUGCGCUUGUCUCGUUACAAACGCCCAGGUUCGAGAGGCCACCUGCCAAAGUACGAGAUCGAUGUUACAUCUCUCUUCCAAAAUCCAAGAGAACGCGUAGUCUCUUGAGUGGUCACAGCGGUACGAGUGCGAGUGCGAGCGCCAGCGCCAGUAGUGCGACGACCCCGGCAGAGGAGCACGUAUACCAAGAACGACAGACCCAUACGAAGGCAGAGCUACAAAAAAUAUCACAGGCUACGACGAGGUCUCGCCGAUGGGCGUGGAAAAGCAAGGCAUCUAGUGAAGACGCUCCUCCUUCUCCCGCGUCUGAAAUCUUCGGUCGCCGGUUUUCCAUUAAUCCCUUCAAACGCGCGAACCGCAUAUCCGACCAGACCGGCAUGGAAAGUCCCAAACCAACUACCCCUGCCUCUCACCGCGCUCCAGGUGGCAAACAAAGACCUCCACCGACCUCUUUAGCAUACAUGGACGCCCCGCCUAGUUUUGUUCCACCAGGCUUAAGCCGUGUCCCCACACCUCCCCUCUUCGACGCAAACGGUGAAGUCAGGGGGAAACUAGCAGACUUCUUCUUCGAUGUCCAAGGCCCCGGGGGUCCAAGCACACGCCACAAACCCAAAUCCAGUCGGGGAGGCUACUGGGACUCUGACGCCCUGCUGAUGAGCCUAUCGCACGACCUCGACAACUUCGACGACGAAGAGGAGGAGGAAGGGCCAGAAGGCCCACGCAGCGACUUCGUGUCCACACCCACAGACUUUGACACAAACGGUACCCCAGACCUCAUAAGAGGCGAUGCCGGAUAUCUAGGUGUGAAACCGCCUGCAAGUCCCUCGUUAGCUGCCUCAAGCCCCAUGCUCGGCCACGACGGCUGGUACAAACUGCACAACCAGCUCUCGGUCGAAACACCCGACGAACGCACGUUGACACUCCUCGCCCAGCAAGAAGCAGAAGAGCGUCGGAAGUUCGAGUGGCUGGUUCCUGAACAUUUGCCUAAUUCCCCGCUGUGUCCGUUACACGAAAAGUACAAGGGACCGAGUUCUGGCCUUUGUUACUGGCAUGGACGGCGGUCCGGGAAGAAUAUCAGAAAGGGCGAGUAUGCGAGACCGGCGGAGCGGAGCGGGAAUUUGAAUGGGCCGAGUACUCCUGUGGAUUAUAUGGGGGAUUUGGGGUUGCUUAAGCCAGCGGGGCAUGUGGCGACGCCGACGCGGGAGGUGAAGAAGAGGAGAUUGGUUAGUUUGUCUAGUCCUUGA